GACGACGGUCAGUUGAGGUUCCGGUCCGGUGUGCGCGCUACUAGCAUUGAGAUGAGGUGCUCCAUCGUUUCGGUUGUGGCCGUGUUGGCGUGCGUUGGGAUUUCGCAGGCUGCUAACGUUCUCUUUAUGUCCGGAGUUCCGUCACCGAGUCACUAUAUAUGGCUGCGACCACUGAUCAACGAGAUGGGCCGGCGAGGACACAACGUUACCGUGCUGAGUGCCGAUAUUGAGAAGCGUCCUCCGGCGAAUGUGACCUACGUUCAUCUGGAAAACUUCUACAGCACCAUGUACAACACUUCGAUGAGGCAAAAAAUGGACUUUUUCAAAAUGGCAAACGAAAGUCCGGUCACGAUGUUGACUCUGUUUGACGAAUUCGGUCUGAAUCUGUGCGAAGCCGCACUCAAAUCGGAAGGAAUGCACUCUGUGCUCGAUUACCCGAAGGACUUCAAGUUCGAUCUGUUCGUGAGUGACUUCAUGAUAGGGCCGUGCAUCACUUCGAUGAUACUGCACCGGUUUAAAGAUGUGCCGUACAUUCCGUCCUCUCCGUACAAUGCUCCAUCGACGGCAGCGGCCGUCCUGGGGGCCUAUACUUACUCCGGUCUCGUACCGAACCACGUGUACGAUGUGCCGGAAGCGAUGAGCUUCGUGGAGCGCAUCAAAAACCUGUACUACGAUCUGUACGAGAUUAUUCUGCACGAAACGUUCCUACACCCGGAGGCGGACCGGAUACUGCGCAAGCUCUACCCGGACGCACCGAGCACCAAGUCGUUCUACCGGAAUGUUCGGGUGUCGCUGAUCAACGUCAAUCCCGCCAUCCAGUACAAGGAACCGAUGAUGCCGAACAUGAUCUCGGUGGGGGGGUUGCAGAUUCAGAAACCAAAACCCCUGCCAGAGGAUCUACGGCAGGUGGUGGAGGGAGCACGGAAUGGGUUUAUUCUGUUUUCCCUCGGAAGUAACGCACGCAGUGAUCUGCUUGGUCCGGAGCGGAUCAUCAACAUACUGACCGCGAUGGAGCGGUUGCCUCAGUAUCGGUUUCUGUGGAAGUUUGAAUCGGACGAAUCGAAGCUACCGAUGGCGGUGCCGAAGAACGUGUACAUCCGUGCCUGGAUGCCGCAGAACGAUCUGCUCGCCCAUCCCAACAUCAAGCUGUUCAUCACGCACAGUGGACUGCUGAGCACCCAGGAGGCCAUCUGGAACGGGGUGCCAAUCAUUGGGUUUCCCGUGUUUGCCGAUCAGUUCCGGAACAUUAACUACUGCGUGGAUGUAGGCAUCGGUAAGCGGCUCUCGAUACAGAGCUUCCAGGCGAGCGAACUGGUGGCGGCCAUUAAGGAGAUUUUGGGUGAACCAAAGUAUGCCCAGCGGAUGGCACAGGUUUCGCGUGUUUUCCGCGAUCAACCCGAGAGUCCACUCGAGCGUGCGGUGUGGUGGUGCGAGUGGGUGCUGCGCAAUCCGGACUCGAAUUUGCUGCAAUCACGGGCCGUCUAUCUGAGUUGGUUCACAAAGUAUUCCUACGACGUGAUGCUGUUUGUGGUUGUGGUAGUUUUGCUACUCGCGAUUGCUCUCUGGAAGGCGAUUGGUUUUGUGAGCAAAUUCCAGCUCGGUCGGAGCGCGAAAUCAAAAGGUGAUUAACGAAAGGCACCAUUAGAAGAACACACACCAACACACACUUAGCAAGUAAGAUACUGAAGAGUACAAGAUCUGCUGGAUGCGGUCGCUUAGGAUUAAAGAAAAUAAAACGUUCUACGUUUCCCAGUUACACAA